AUGCAGUUACUCACGACUACAAAUGGAUUGCUAAAUGAAAAUAAAGCCACUGCGUUACGUGGGAUGCGUGCAAGAACAUAUGCAGUUAUUCCACUCAGUGAUCACUCUGGUAUGAUUCAAUGGGUCAAUGAGGCAACCCCAUUCUUUUCUCUUUAUAAAAAAUGGCAAAAGAGAGAAUCUAUCGCAUCUGUCUUAAAGGCAUCUGGUCUUCGUAUGACAGCCAAUCGUCGUUAUUGGCCAAAGGAUGUUUUAAAAAAAGUGUACCUUGAACUUGUUAAAGAAACACCAGGUGACUUGCUUGAAAAGAAGAUAUAUUAUUCAAGUUCUAGUGCUACAGAAUGGUUAAGAAAAAGUACAUUAUUUGCUCGAUCUUUAGCUGUAAACUCAAUGAUUGGCUAUAUUAUUGGUCUUGGUGAUCGACACUUGGACAAUAUCAUGAUUGAUUUCCGUUCAGGUGAAGUUAUUCAUAUUGAUUACAAUGUCUGUUUCGAAAAGGGACGUCGACUUCGUGUACCUGAGUUAGUUCCAUAUCGUUUGACUCAAAAUAUUUACGGAGCACUUGGCAUUACUGGUGUUGAUGGCCAAUUUAAGACAGCUGCUGAAGAAACUCUACGUGUGUUAAGAAAGCAUAAGGAGGUGCUCAUUACUCUCUUGGAUGCCUUUGUAUAUGAUCCUCUAGUAGAUUGG